AGGUUCGAGGUUCGUUCUUGCCUUGCGCCAGCUGCGGUUUCUCAGCAGCGUAUGCCCGAAUUUUCGUGUCUUGCGAAACUCAGGAAUCAGUUCUUUGGCCGUAUCCCACUUGCGAUUCUCCCUCUAGACCACCAUGCCUCUCUGCUUCACCUGUGCUUGGUGCUCGAAUUCCGAUCGGUUUCUAGAAUGUCUUCGCUCCGAGUCAGGCGGGAAAGCAUCAUUUCGACUCAAGAGGGUUUCCAAUUUCCGUCGCUUCAGCAUCGAUAGUACAGCCUGAGCGCUAUUCGGCUUGGAAACAUGUUUGGACAGAUUAAUUACCAUGGAAGACCCAGGAACGGUCCACCAGGCCCGCCAAGUGGACGAGGCCACAUGAACACAACUUCACCUGAGCAGUCAAGGCAUGCAGAGCUUGCACGACUCGCUGCAAAGCUGAAGGAUCUCUUUGAGCGAGAGAAGUUCACAGACGUAGUUUUUGAGGCCAGAGAUGGGACCAAGAUUGCUGCACACUGCAACAUCAUUGCACUGUGGUCGCCGGUGCUGGAGUCGAUGCUAGAGGACUGGACGGAUGAGGAGGACGAGAAUCCGGUGUUCAAGCUGGCUGACGUGGAUGGUCACACGCUAAGGCUGCUCCUGGCGUUCAUGUACGGCUUUGAUGUGACCCCCAACGCCGAUGCUCUCAAGCAACAUGGCCUUGCGCUGCUCGAAGCUGCACACAAGUUUGACGUCGCUGACCUUGCAGACAAGCUGGACCGGCAAUUAUGUGCAGUAGAUGUGGAGGAGCGCUCUCUGCUCCGAGUGCUGAAAGCUGUGGACCGUGUGGGCGCAACACGGACAAAACACGCCCUGAUUAACCACAUUACUCACUUUAUGGGUUCCAUAAAGGGCCAAAUCCUCAUCAAGGAAAUGACUGAAAGCAGUGACACGCAUGACAGGCAGCUGGCAUCUGAGAUUGCUGGCAGGCCUUCCCCCAUUCCCAUGUCCGUGCCGUCUCUAUGCAGUGGAAGAGCCCUCAGGAACGGUCCUACUGGUCAGUUAAGUGGACGAUAUGGGAACACGUUUGCAGCAGAGUCGCCGAGGCUUGCUGAGCUCGCACGUCUGGCUGCAAAGUUGAAGGAUCUGCUUGAGGGAGAAAAGUUCACAGACGUGAUAUUUGAGGCUGGUGACGGGACCAAGAUCGCUGCGCACCGCAACAUUGUUACACUAUGGUCUCCAGUGGUGGAGUCAACGCUGGAUAAUUUGUCAGUGGAGCAUGAUGAUACUCCUGUGUUCAAGCUGGGAGACGUGGAUGCUCAUACAAUGAGGCUGCUACUGACGUUCAUGUAUGGCGCUGAUGUGACUCUCGGGGCGAAAGCUCUCAAGCAACAUGGCCUUGCCCUGUUUGAAGCUGCACAGAAGUAUGACAUAGCUGACUUAGCAGAAAACGUGGACCGGCAACUAUCUGCAAUGAAUGUGGAGGAGCGCUCCCUACUCCGAGUCCUGAAAGCUGUGGACCGCGCUGGGGCGAGACGGACAAAACAAGCCCUGUUUUACCGCAUUACCCACUACAUGGAUAACUUCAAGGGCAAAAGGCUCGUCAAGGAAAUGAUUGAAAGCAGUGACCCGCAUGACAGGCAGUUGGCGAAUGAGCUUGUUGCUAUUGUUUGGCCAAGCAGCUACUGACACGCGCUUAGGAAAAUUCCUUCAAUGGCAGUGUACAAUUCUCCAGUUUCUCGGAGUAACGUUUUUAGUGGUUCUAAUUUUGCCUUCUUAUUCCUGCAACCUUGGAGAGUUGUUUGAGCCUUCACGUAUGCAGAGGGCGUGUCAUAAGAGUUAAUCUUACCGUACCUCCUGAUCCUCUCAGAAUAACGCAUUGACUAGAAA